AUGAAAUUUAAUGCAGACUCGGAAACUACAACCAAGAAGAAGAAUAUUGGAAUGAUCAUUGCAAUUGUUGCAUCAAUAUUAGCAAUCAUUAUUGCUUUGGUUGUUGGAAUUGUUAUGUAUAUUCGUCAUAUAAAUCAAGAAGAAUCAGAAGAGGAAUCAUCAAUUGAGAUGCAAGAAACAAUUGUUUCAUCUGUUGUCAACCCUAACGAAGGUGUUACUCUUGAUAAUCCAUUGUUUUCAACAACCGUCAUUAAUCAAGACGAAGAUAUUUUUGCAGCUGAUUUUGAAGAAUCAAACCCAGCAGAAUGUUUCUUUAUUAAUAAUCUUGAGUAA